UUAGAAGAAACUUUUGCAGUAGUCGCGUGGAAGUAUGCCUGCCCGCGAUUCAAUUGAUGGCAGACAUGCAUAGGAGAUUGCCUCUGCUGGUGCUCGUUGUGGUCGUCUUCCUGUUUGUCGUCUUCCUCCACGUGUGUUUGUCGUGUCGGCCAUGGAAGCAACAUCGCAAGCAAGGGGCGUCAUCGAAACGGCAGGCAGGGGAACGUCCGAUGGCGGACAUGCAGGCACGCGCGGAUAUGGCUGCAGGUCACAGCGAAAGACGACCUGCGACGGCAGGACAGGCAAGGCGGUAUGACCCGUCCAUAUACGCCCAUCUAGAGUCGUGGCAGACGCCACUGCCCCCGUCGGAUGAGGAGCCGGAGACGGACGGACUUCCAACGUUGCCUCUCGCCAGCGGGUCGACGCAGCUGUUGUCGCAGACGGUACGAGCAGGCGGGGCGGCUAGCAACGAAGGCGACGAGUACACCUCACUCCUGCGCCAAGGCUUGGGAGAUGACGACGAUGGGGGACUUGAUCUUAGUUUCGGGUUGUGUUUUGGCGGCGCCAGGGACGUGAGACGCCGGCAGCAUGGAUCGACUGCACCGUCCGCCAAUCAAUUGACAAGUGGCGGAACCGCAUGCACUGGAGUGGCAGUCGGGUCCUCGCGCAUCGGAGGUGCACGUCCUUCGAUGUCGAACCGCACAACGCCGACCGAACCCGACCUGAGGGAUGACGGCGCCCGCAUACCACCAGUGCAUCCACGACCAACUAUGGAGAACAUCACACGAGGAGUGUCCAACAUGCGGGCACACAGCGAUGGCAGCGAUGACGAUGGCGGUGCCGGUGACUAUGCAGACGAAGGAUUCAGGGAGGACAUGGAAGCAGAGGACGACGACGACGACAUUCUUAUUUGGCCUAUGGGGAAGACGGGUGGGAGGGGGAAAGGACGAGGCAGAGAUGCUGUUCGUGGUCGAUCCGUUGGCCGUGGCGGCAGAGGUGGCGGCAGAGGUGGGGUCAGCGACGACGGCGGGAAGUCUGUGACGUAUUGGUCUCCAGAAGAACAAAUGGCCCUCGUGAGAUGCAAGCGGCAGCAAGAGAAGCACCUCGCCGGGCUGGGUCACAAUUACGGGCGGAUGCGCACGAAGGAGUGGAAUCACAUAGAUCUCUUCAAGCUAUCGAAUGAAGAAAGGAAGGAGCACAACUUCAAGUUCCGGAUGGAUAGGCUGGUGUACAAUGAGAUCCACGCAGGCACGUUGGGGAACCGUACCAUUUUCCCUCCCAACGCCGCCGACACCGGCAAUCCGGACGGAGUGCAGCUGCCCAGGCGAGGGGCAGUUGGUGGGGAGUUUGUUGGUAGCGAGGCCGGAGGUGAUGGCUGCCCUGAAGAACGGUCUUUUGCGAAGGACUCCGACAACAACGCAGGCACUGGGGAUGGAUGCGGGAAGCAGAAGAAUGCGCGUCAACAGGCGUUGGAGUCGAUCGCUGAUGUCAUGGACCGCCAUGGUGAGCUGAUGUCGGCGACGAUCGAUUCGUCUAGCAAGCGGCAAUGCAGCAUAUUCACGAGGCAAUGCGACAUACUCGAGCAGGAAGUUGCAGUCCAAAAAGCGCACUGUGCGGUGUCCGAAGAGAAGCAGAGGAUGAUGUGCCACGAGCUUAUGGAGAUCGCAGCCGCCAUGCGUGGUCGGUCGUCGAUGCGAAACACGGGUGGACUGCCCGCCACGCCGUCUCAGCCAUGUCAGCGCAAUCCGGGUGAUGACGGAGGGUCUGUCGAGCGUGGCGGCGGGGGGAAAGUCAUGGCAGAAGCUCGUGCAGUUGGCAGCGAGGCAGUAGGUGGUGCGGGUGCGGGUGCUUUGGGCACUUUGGCCCCCGUUGCGGCGGCGAGAGAGGAGGCGACAGUUGUUGCGAUGGUUAGAGAAGAGGCGCGUGGCGAGAACAAAAGUGAUCGGGACGGCGGCGAUCCCGGUUCAAGCCGGUCCGGGAACCGCCCAAGCGGAUACAAUGUGGCUUUCCAGUACUCCCUCGAGUCCGUAGCGACGGACAUUGCGUGUGCAAUGUGGUGCGGCGAGGAGUGGUGCAACAUCGUCAGUGCGGCGGUAUGCGCGCACACGAUAGAUCUAUCCAUGGACUUGCCACUACGGUUCGUCGGUGCCAACAUCGAGGACAGACCUGAGGACGACGACAUGGCGGCGUACCAGGACUCUACCUUCAUCUGCGUCUCGCAUGCAUUCCGCGCGGCAGUGCAAAUGGGUGCCCACAUCAACGACGACUUCAUCUCGUACGACCGUCUCUGUCGGGUGGCUGACUGCUUCAGGCUUUUGUUGGCGGCGUGCAUGUGGAUAAUGCGCAUGGCAGGAGACGAUCCGCGCAGCCACUACGAAGCUUUCUACUUCGCGGACCUGGUGGCGAAGCCCACACUCGUCGCGUCCAUGCAUUGGUCCUUCGAUCAUCGACGAUCUGUCGUCCACGCAGCAAAAGUCGUCACGGACAGGCUCGGGAAGGCGAAAACUACGUUUGGAGAGUACCCCGACUACAUCCCUAGAUGGGCACCCUGCGACAUUGGUUUCAGGCACGACGCGAGCAUAACAGGGCCGGAGGAUGCAAAGAAGCUAGAUUGGUUGGGUUCGGGACCCCCGAUGAUGACAACAACAACGACAAUGGAGAAGAUGACGUGUAGGGGGUGAGGGGAGUGGUGGGGUGCGCGAUGGAAAAGAUGACGCGGGACGACACAGAGGGGGGGGGGAGGCGUUGCUUGUGUGAACAAGGGCGCAUGUACACG